CAAGAGGGCGCCAUUUCGAUGCGUCAUUUCAGCACUCGCUUCACAGAAUCAUCAUUAAUCGGUGCCACGUUUUUUCUGGAAAAUGCUUGAAAUAUUGUGUAAACUGAGUGCUUAUUUUGUAUCCAUGUGUACUGAACAUAACAUGUUUCGGAAGCAUUUGAUUUGAUCAGACUACAAGCUAAUGAAUUUCCGGUAGUGGUUUGUUGGCACUAGGUUUCUGAAAAAGAAGAGAUUUCUUGUUUCACUCAGCUGCCUUUCCAGAUAAAUUCCAGACAUCAGAGGUGUCUACGUUGCAUGUGAGCAGCCAUUGGUCCAGCCGGCUCGCUGUGGUCGCUUUAAUGGCAUACAGGCAGCUUGGUGGCGUACCAUAUAAUGCUAGUAGUAUAGACAGUGACUCGGAUUCCUUGGACAGCGAUCGUGGCUACAAUUCACGUUGUUCUAAUUCCUGCGUCUGUGCAAACAUGGCCGACAAGUCCAGCAACACGUCGCCAACCCACUCCUGUUUGAAGCCAGCCAGCGAGAGCAAAGCUCUGUCGACGGGACGGCCCAACAACCAACCCCGCAACAGAGCGCGCUCAGUCAGUGACAUCGAAGGCAAGCCCGGAAUGCGGAAUCACUCCUUGUUUGGCAAACUGCCAGACAGGGUCACCUUGAUUGUUGAUCAUACUCGGUUUGUGGUUGACCCGUCAUUGUUUACAGCUCACCCAAACACAAUGCUUGGCAGAAUGUUCGGGAAUGGUAUCGACAACAACUUCACCAGACCCAAUGAAAAGGGAGAGUAUGAAGUAGCACAUGGCAUUUCAUCAGAGCUGUUCAGUGCUAUAUUGGAGUACUACAAGGGUCGAUCCAUCCGAUGUCCUCCCAGUGUUUCUGUAUCUGAACUGAGAGAGGCUUGUGAUUACCUUCUAGUACCAUUCACUGAGAACACUGUCAGAUGCAAAAAUCUCAGGUGUUUGCUGCAUGAGAUCUCCAAUGAUGGUGCUAGGGAGGAAUUUGAGAAAUACGUAGACACGCUGAUACUGCCCGAGAUGGUCAACUGUGCAAAGCACGGCCAAAGAGAGUGUCACAUCGUGGUGUUGAUGGAAGAUGACGUCGUGGAGUGGGAUGAAGAAUACCCGCCUCAGAUGGGAGAGGAAUACUCACAAAUUGUAUGCAGCACUCCAUUGUAUCGGUUUUUCAAGUACAUCGAAAACAGGGAUGUUGCAAAGACGGUCCUGAAGGAAAGAGGCUUGAAGAAAAUCCGACUUGGGAUUGAAGGUUAUCCUACCUACAAGGAGAAGAUAAAGCAGAGACCAGGUGGAAAACCCGAAGUGAUCUACAACUACGUGCAGCGGCCGUUUGUGCGCAUGUCCUGGGAGAAGGAAGAGAACAAGAGUCGCCACGUUGACUUCCAGUGCGUGCGCAGCCGUUCCAUUCCAAAUCUGUCCAGCGUCGCGGGCGGGGAGGCCCUCUUGGAUCGCGAUCUACGCCAGGCUCCGCUUCACGCCGAGGGCGUGGCCAUGCUCAGGCAAGUCUUACCAGAUCCCCCGGAUGGUGACGCAAACGACGGUAACGCCUAAUCCAAAUAGUGGUACAUAUUUAUCCAAUUUUGGCCAUUACUGGGACGCUGCCAUGCAUGAGUGCCUAUCCCAGAGAUCUUAAAUUCAAGCUGCAUGUACAGUAUGUAAAGCUCUGAACACGUUAUUAUUAUAAUUAUUAUUAUUACUGUUAAUCAUUUCUGGUAAUGAAACCAAGGAUUCCUCAAAAGCGCCCCAGGCACUGUAGCUUGCAAGCCUGAAGAAACCUUCGGAGAGAAGACAAUGAGAAGAAGUUACAGUUUUAGAGGUGGGAGGAAAAGCCCAGAAGAAUAUUCUGGGGAAAACCCACGUAGUCAGGUAGGGACUGAAAAGCCAAUCCACAUGUUGCUCCAGGCGGGAUUCGAACCAGGGUCACAGCGGUGGAAGGCGAGGAAAGUACCGCUACGCCAACCUGACUCCCCUCCACGUCCGUGGAGGUCAAUGCAAUGUGUGAAAUCCAAUCAAAGCGAGCAUCCCACAAAAAAUAACCUCAGAGAUGGGCAACUGUGAUUAAUUUUAAAAAA